AAGCACAAGACGAAAGAACAAAGCGCCAUUAAAGCCUUCUCGGAAUCCUCGACCUCCUCUCGCUAGCUGGACCUGAUCCGUUGCGUUUUCCGGUCGGCCAUGUUCCGUGCCCGCGCGACGCCCUCGCCGCCGCGUGAUCUUCACGGCUCGCUGCGGCGAAUCCCCUCCCCCCCGCCGCUCCGGAGGGACGAUGGUGAACAAGUUCCUCUACGACUUCCGGUUCCUCCUCCUCGCCGCGGCGGUGGCGUUCAUCUACAUCCAGAUGCGUCUUUUCACAACACAAUCGGAAUAUGCCGAUCGACUUGCUGCUGCUGUUGAAGCCGAGACUCGUUGUACAAGUCAAAUGCGAAAACUAAUUGAUCAGAUAAGCAUGCAAGAAAGCCGUAUUGUGGAGCUAGAAGUCAAAGGCCUUCAAAGAUGUACGGACAAAAUACAAACCCAAGUGGCAGCAGUGGUGAUCGUGGCAUGCAACCGCGCUGAUUAUCUUGAGAGGACCAUUAAGUCUAUCUUGAAUUAUCAGAAUGCUGUUGCUUCAAAGUACCCACUUUAUGUAUCCCAGGAUGGGUCUGAUCCACAAGUUAGAAAGAAGGCCUCGAGUUAUGAUCAGUUAACCUACAUGCAGCAUUUGGAUUCUAAGCCGGUGCAAAACCGAAAGGCCUGGGGAGUUUUGAUUGCAUACUCUACAGAAAUUGCACCCGAUAUCGAUUUCUUCUGCUAUUGCUUUGAUAGGUUUUUGUGCCAAUCUCAUGCGCGUUCAUAUCAGGGCAUGACGAAUGGGGCAUUGGAUGAACUAUUCCACAAACAUAACCUCGAUCGAGUAAAUCAUGCUUGA